UUUCUUGAAUUUGUAAUAUUUUUUUGAAUUCUUUUUUUGAGAAAUGGAUAUGUUGGCUGAUUCAAACAACAAUAAUUUUGAGCUACUAGAUUUUACUGGUGAUGCUAAUUUCGAUCAGUUCAUCAAUUUGAUCCGAGGAGAAAACGAAGAUCAAAUUAGUGGUUUCGAUUGCGAUCUUAUCAAUGGCAUGCUGGUGGAUUAUCAUCAAACCGAUCGUCACGAAAAUUUAUUUGAUUUUAAUACUACUACUACUGCCUACGAUUGCACCAUGAUGCCGGAUCAAAAUUAUCUUCCGACUACAUUGCCGAGUUUUUAUCUUGGCGAUAUGCAAGAAUUAGGAGAAGGAGAAGAAGAAGAAACGAAUGAUGGAACCGAAGAUUCUUCGGAAACUACCACAACCACGACCACCACGACUAGGAAAACAAAGACUGACCGGUCAAAAACUUUAAUUUCCGAACGAAAGAGACGGGGUAGAAUGAAAGAUAAACUUUAUGCACUACGGUCCCUAGUUCCUAAUAUAACUAAGAUGGAUAAGGCAUCAAUAAUUGGAGAUGCGAUAUCGUAUGUGCAAGAUUUGCAAAUGCAGGCUAAGAAGCUAAAAACUGAAAUUUCUGGACUUGAAUCUUUAGUUAAAACAGAAAAAUGUCAAGGAUCAAACAGAAAUUUUCCCAGGCAGAUUCAAAUUCCACGCAAUAGUACUCCGAUCUGCAAGAAGAUCAUUCAGAUGGAUGUGUUUCAAGUGGAAGAAAGAGGAUUUUAUGUGAGAUUAGUGUGCAACAAAGGAGAAGGUGUUGUUGUCUCUCUUUAUAAAACUAUUGAAUCCCUUUCAAGUUUCAACAUUCAGAGCACAAAUUUAACAACAGCUAGUGACAGCUUUAUAUUAACAUUUACUUUAUAUGUUAAAGAAAAUGGAAAAGGUAUGAACUUGCCGAAUUUGAAGCUGUGGAUAACUGGAGCUUUCUUGAACCAAGGAUUUCAACUUUUUACUGCUUAAUUAUGUUGCGAGAGUAAGGCAAUUUGGUUCAUAAACUUGUGUUGACGGAUCAAAUAGAUUCAGAAGUUUAUAAUUUUAUGUCAGAUAAAUCCAGAUUUUCUUAUUAUUCUAUCUAAAUUUGGAUCUAUUUGAUUUGAUUUUAGAAAGUUUUAGAUUUAUUUAACCUUACUUAAUUAAACUGAAUCUAUUUGAUUCUUCAAUAUAAGUUUAUGAAUCAGAAUGAUUCUUCUCUUAGUAUGUUGAUACAACAUAUGCAUGUUGAUCACAAACUCAUGAUUCCACUUGUAAUUGCUUGCAUAUAUGCAAGUUUGUAAUAGCUAUGUGGAUGAUAUAUCUACUACUAAAUUUCCAAGAAAUAAAAAAUUAUUUUGAUCAUAA